AUGAAUGAACAACAUCAAAAGGUAUGCUAAAUUGUAGUUGUAAAAUUACUAAUGUGCGUUUAAAGAGUAAAUAGUAGCAGUCACAAAGGCGUAUGUAAUUAUUUUGUCUAUUUAAUAAAUUAAGUGAUAGUGACAUUUUGAUUGUUGGACAGGUCCGAGCUUGGCUGGAAACAUUGUUUGUUGAUGAACCUAUACCAACAUUUGAAAUAAAUUCUAAAACAAUUGAAAUUCUGAGUACCUUGGUGGACAUUAAUAGAAAGAAAGACCAAGAUGCUAAGAUAUUAACUGAAGAUUUGGCACAGAAGAAAAAUGAAUAUAGGAGUGAAGGUAUGUAGCAACUUCGACCACAUAAUUUCAUUUAUUUGGUAGUAAAUAUUUGAGGCUACAUAUGGUGGCCAACUUCAGAACUGUUGGCACUUAUAAAAGUUAGAAAAUUAAACUAUGUCUCUCAGUUCUAUUUUCCUCCCAGUACAAGGACUACAAAAAUAUUCCCACUCUGAUAACUACAGGUUGAACGUUUGCUGUCUGAUAGUGCUUUGUUAAACCACAUAUAUUUGAUAGAUUUUUUGCUCUUUGACUAAACUACAUGUUUUACAAUUUAAAUUUUCAGCAAAACGUCUUCAAAGAAUUAUUUCCUCUGUUGGUCUACCUUUGAGUAAUUUGUCACAAUCAGGUUUGACAAGUGUUAGAACUCUGGCUAGUACUGCAUUGUUACUGGAUCUCAGGGAUACAAAAAUGUCCAGGUAAUGUUUCCUAACCCAGUAAUCCUAAUACAGUAAUUGUAAACCUAAUCCAGUAAUCCUAACCCAGUGAUCUUAACCCAGUAAUCCUAACCCAGUAAUCCUGUGGAAACCAGCUUCUGCUGACAAUGUUAGCGUGGUUAAAUAAAGUUUAUCAUCAUCAUACAGUAAUCCUAACCCAGUAAUGGGUCAUUCCAGAAAACAUCCAUACCACCCCCACAGAGUAAAUAGGAAGUUAACCCCCUACCCCCUUUGGAUGUCCUAAUACAUUUACUAUUAUCAGAAACAAUUUUUUCUCCCCUCCCCCUCUGGAAGGCAGAAAUUUCCUCCGUGGUGGGAGUAUGGAGGAAUGACACAAUCUUAACCCAGUAAUCUUAAUUCAGUAAUCUUAACCCAGUAAUCUUAACCCAGUAAUCCUAACUCAGUAAUCCUAACUCAGUAAUCCUAAUCCAGUAAUCCUAACCCAGUAAUCCUAAUCAAAGUUGCCCAAUUUAUUCUGUGCUUAACCUAGUUCUAUUUCCUUAGCUACCUCCUUGGUAUUAAUGAGCUGUCAAAAGAACUUCAUUCAGCGAAAGAAGAGGAGAUAAAAUCUAAACACGCAACAACGAAACAGUUGCAAAAAACAAAUAAAGCUUUGAUCCAAUACAAUUCACUCAAAAAGUAGGUUAUAUGCUUCGUGCAGCAGAUAGCACUGGUUAACCUGCAAUUGUCAGAGUGAGAAAAUACUGUUAACUAGUCUUUUUAUGAUAUGUAGUCUUGAAGGAUGCAAAUACUUUAGAUAGAAUUUUUAGGAAAAAAAGAUUAAUUUUUACUUUUCUUGCCGCUACCACUGACUGCUGGCCUGAACCACCUUCUGAAACCCACCAAGAAAUUAUAGCGACAUUUAUACCAGUCUUAGAAGUUAAACCCCUGUAUAUAUUAAUUUUAUUUAAAAACAGAGCAUGUGAGACAUUGGAGGAGCAGAUAUCACUACAAGAACCAAUUUUGAAACAACGUUUGAGAGAUACUGGCUUUCUAAAUCAGAAAACUGGAGAAUAUCAACGACAAUUGGAUCAAUUAUUGGUCAGUCAGUGAUUUGUAGUUGUAUUGUACAGACUCAAAUCUCUAGUUAAAGAUACCAAUGAGUUCAAAUGUCUGUUACUUUGGCUCAAUUAACUCUAGUUUUUAUUACUUUACCCAGCUGCAAGACUCUCACCUUGAUGAGUAAAAUUGUCUGGUGUUAGACGGAGUGAAAUUAGGGUACAUUUGGGUACAUGGCAGCUUGAAGUAUAUAUAUUAUAUAAUUGCCGUUAAUGAAGAUUAAUAAAGUUAAUGUUAUUCAGAGUUAUCAAAAGCAAGCAAAUUUGGAACCAGCACUUUAUCACAAAGCAUUGGAAAAGAAAUACGAGGUUCUGUUAAUUAUAGUCUUGUAUUUUAAUUAGGGGAGGUUGAUUGCAGAAUUAACAAAUUUAAUUUAUAUUUUGACCAGGAUGUUGUAAAGUUAGAAGAAGAUUUAAAACCAUUGAAGUCAAAGUUGGACACAUACCAUAGUUUACCUCCUGUAAGUCGGUAAUAAUAUCUCUACUGUGAAUGCAGUAAUUAUUUGUGGGUUCUGCCUUAUUUUGUUUAAUAAUUUACGGCAGGAUAUUUCACUUGCAAAAGUAAGACUCGAAGAAGCAAGAAGAGAACUGGUGAGUCAGACAGUUGAAUUUGAGUUUGCUAAUUUUUUCUUACUUUUCCAUUUUUUUCAUGAUCUGUUCUUUGUUUUUAUGGAACUAUAGCAAUCAUUAGAGGAACAGUUGACAAGAAAUAUUGAUUCAAUGCACAGUAUGUAG